AUGUCGGAUCUGUUGAUUCGUUGGCCACAAUAUUUGCUUGAAAUCCACUGUCUCAUUUACGACUCGUGAACACAAAAGCUGCGUUAUGAUUAGACCAGGAGCUCAUCCCAGUCGAGUCUUUUUGGUGGGAAGCUUUCCAAAACAAGAGAUGGUUCAAGACACGAUCUAAAUUAAAACCUGAGCAUCUAAGUCCAGCAGCAGCAGAGCACUCUGAGGAUCGAAAUUCCAGGUUAUUCAAAUGAGAUGGGGGAACUUCAUUCAAAUGUUAAUCGGGACGGGAGGGCGGGGGCCAAUCCAAUUCUGCCUCUUUAAAUAAAACUUAAAUUAAAAAAAAAAAAAAAAAAGCAUAGGGGUUGCCAAACAAAGUGGAACCCAACCGCCAGCUUAUACUAAAUUACUUGAGCCCCACGAAAAGCUAUGAAAGAUUGUGGCCCUCUCCUACUUUUAACUUUUGCUCCAGUUAGCCAGCUAACUACAUUCCUGCAGGUAGUCCCAUAUACAAUCAUAUACAUGUAUAUAUAUAUAUAUAUAUAUAUAUAUUAUGGAGCAACAGAAGCAAAGAAGUGUAAUUAAAUUCAUGGAUUUCCUUCUCCUUGAUGCUUUUCUUCCAUGGCAGGAUAUAAACAAGACAAAGGAAAGGAUAAACAAGAUUUUGAUAAUAUUUUGUUUGUGGAGGGGGGGAACAGUGUCUACGAUAGUUGUAUAAUAAGUCGAGCAACAAACAGGAGAGCGACAACAGAGAGCAAUUAGGAGGAUCCGAAAAUGGAUAUCGAGAUGGGAGAUGCCAUUAUAAGCAGGAAAAGAGACUGCGAAGAUGACAACAGAAAAAGCCUCUAUGAAGCAGCUAUGCUGGGAUCCGUCGACACCUUCGACGCAUUACUAAAAGCAGAUCCUCUUAUACUAGACCGACUUUCACUCACCUCCUCCCCUGAGACUCCCCUUCACGUAGCUGCAUUACUCGGGCAUUUAGAUUUCACCAAGGCGGUUUUGAACCACAGGCCUCAGUUGGCAGCAGAGCUGGACGCCCAGAGAUGCUCCCCGCUUCACUUGGCUGCUGCAAAUGGUCAUGCUGAGGUCGUCAAAGUGCUGCUGGAUGCCUACCCCGAUGCUCGAUCAGUUUGUGAUAGGGAGGGGAGGACUCCCCUUCACCUGGCGGCCAUGAGAGGAAGAGUUGAGGUUGUAAAAGAGCUCAUCAUCUCUUCUCCCGACCCCACCCGCGGCUCCCUCCAGCAGACACUCGAAGGAGAUAGCGUGCUGCACUUGUGUGUGAAAUACAACCAGUUGGAUGCUCUCAAGGUGCUUGUCAACUCGUUGGCAGAAGAUAACGAGGAUCUACUACUCAACUCGAGAGAUGCUGAAGGCAACACCAUGUUCCAUUUAGCUGUCUUGCUGAAACAAGAAGAGACAGUGAGAUUUCUGCUUUCAGUGCCCACGGUAAGAGAAGGAUCGGCGAGUGCGUUGCCUGAGGACAAUUCUAUUGCACUCAAUGUCAUGCACCAGUCUCCAGGGAAUUUCAAGAGCGUCGGAAAGCGAGAACAGAUGUCGAGGUGCUGGGAUAAGUUGGUCGUCCCCUUGGUGAAUUACCCGACAAAUUGGAUCGAAGACACUCGCGGCUCGCUGAUGACUGUGGCCACUCUCAUUGCGGGCAUAACUUUCGAUUCAGUGCUAUCUCCCCCAGGGGGAGUCUGGCAAGAAGACACGACUACAGGCUUUACCUGCUCCAGGUUAAAAAGGGACGAUAAUAUCACAUGCUUAGCCGGGAAUGCAGUGGCGGCGUACUACGACGAACCAAAAUACCGAUACUUCAUGGUCUGCAAUACUAUGGCCUUUAUGGGAUCUCUCUCAGUGCUCUUCUUGCUCAUAUCGGGUUUCCCUCCCAAGAAUAAGUUCUGGAUGUGGGUCUUGACCAUGAUCGUGUGCAUCACCGUCUCGUUCUUGGGCUUCACUUUCAUUAUAGCAAUGAUACUAGUGUCACCUGACCAGGCUCUAAGUAAGCUCAGAGUCGUGAUCAGAGGGUCGCUCUCCAGCUGGUCAACUUUGGUGGGAAUUCUUGUCAUCUUCAAUGCAGUUAUCCUCGCAUAUUUGAUACUCAAGUGGACAAAAAGUAGAAGAUCUGCUGCCAGAACCAGCAGGAAGGCUUGGGCCCAUUAAAGAUUCAGAAGAAGCAGCAGCCUCAAGCUGAGAGCAGGCAGUUACGUUAUAUCUAUUUUCUUGUAUACUAUAUAGUAUAUUUAUGUAUCGUGUAAGAAAGUGGAAUAAUUUUGCAUUGCAUGCAGCUCCCCAGAUGGGGAUCGGAGAUGGUGCCAAUUGCUUGGCAUUGUUGACGCCCUCGAUCGUUUUGAUCAGUCGGAUGGCAAAAUGACUGUUCAAAAUGCACGGGGCGUGCGGAAGCGGCUAAUAUCAUACCUUUUUCGGUAGUGGUAGUGAAUUUGAAGUGAAAUAAUGAAUGUCUGCUCUGCUGCUCUCGUGUUGUUUGUUGUAUGUGGUCAGUACUGACUCACUGA